UUUACCAGGCACUGAUUGAAAGACCUGUAAUUAUCAUUGUCUUCCUUCUUGCCCUUCUCUAUUCUCUGCCAUCAGUGAUGUCACCUCCCUCCAGCUGUGAUGCAGGCAGGCACUCUGGCAACUCACAGUCCACCCUGCAGUGAGCCAGCCCCAGACGUGUGAUGAUGUCUGGUUUAGCAGCAAGGUACAAGGAUCUUUGUGCUGUUGUCAUUGACACAGGGAUGGGCCACACCAAGAGCGGGCUGGCCGGGGAUGAGAGGCCACGAUCAGUGGUGCCCAGCCAGGUCAAGGAUGGCUCCAUUCUCACUCACGGUGUGGUAACUGACUGGGACGGGUUGGAAGAGCUGUGGCAUCGCAUAUUCUACCACGAUUUGGCUGUGUGCCCUGAGGAGCUGGCUGUGCUGGCCACCGAUGCCCCGCUGUCCCCUAUCGUCAACCGUGAGAAGGUGGCCGAGCUCCUCUUCGAGGGCUUUGGUGUGCCAGCCAUGCUUGUGAUGCCCCGCUCUGUGCUUGUUGCCUAUUCCUAUGGCUGUACCACCGGUGUGGUGCUGGGCUCUGGUGCCGGCACAUCUUAUGCAGUGGCAGUACAGGAUGGCUACGUGCUGCCCCAUGCCUCCUUCCGACUGGACUUGGCCGGGAAUGAUCUCACAUUCUACCUGGGCCAGAUGCUGGCAGCCCGCGGACUGCAACUGCCAGCAGAGACACUCCAGCACCUGAAGGAGACACGCUGCUGUUGCCACCCGCCCGGUGCCCACCCUGAGCCCAUGGGGCCCCUCCUUCAGGAUGAGUACUCCCGCUGUGCUGAGGCCCUCUUCACCCCUGAGGUCCUUGGGGUCCCAGGCCCGGGGCUACUAGAGAUGGCGGCCCGCUCCCUGCACCUCAGUGGAGCCCAACCUGGUAACCCCCCACUGCUGCUGGCUGGAGGCACCACACUGCUGUGUGGCUUUGCUCAACGUGUGGCUCAGGGUCUGGGCAGCGAGCACCCUGCUGCUGCCCCCAGCCGCCAUAUUGCUGCCUGGCUAGGAGGCUCCAUUGCUGCUUCACUUGAUGCCUUCCAGGGCUCAUGGCUUCCUCGGGAUAUAUACAUCGAGAGCGGCUCCAGUGCUGUGCACCGGUAUUGCUUCUGACUCUGCUAGAGAGCUGCGGGGGGUAGCAUG